GUCAGUCGUGGUUGGACCUUGGGCACCUGCGUCAGCGCUCAAACCGCGGAGCCCUCUGAAUAAGUGGGCCCACUCACUGCUGUUUCUCGCCUGAGAGGUUGUUGUGCAAUAACGCACAAGGAGGGGAAAAGAGCCCUUUUCCAGCUGCCGAGAGCAUCACUGACAAGCUGGUCGGUUAACUGUGCGCCCUCCGCAAAAACCGUCCACUGCAAGUCCAUGUGGGCAUUGAUCCGCAUGACAGAUCACCGCCUCUGAACCAGCCCUCGGGUUACAGGGUUUGCCCCUCCUGGUCCAGCACCAAUCUGAGAUGGGCAGAAGGAGGGGGCGGGAAGGUUAGUUUGAAGAGGGCAGAGCUUUGCAAGAGGACGCCGAUUUCCCUAUUAUUUCACCGCUGGAAAAAAAAAAAAAAAAAAAAAAGAAAGAAAAGAAAGAAAGAAAAAAGAAAAAAAAAAAUCUAACCCAGUGGACAGUAACAGCUGAGGGAGAAAUCAGCCGGACCAAACGUCAGAAACCUCAUUAACGCAACAGAAACCGAGUGGAGAGAGAGGGGGAGAAAAAACAGCAAGAAGACAGCGCACAUUCCUGCCGACAAGCUGCUUCUGUUCCUGCUGGUGUAGACAGGAACACAGAUGCAUUCAGGGCACCUCGUAAACUCUGAUAUCUCCAUUGUUUUGAGCAGGAAAGCAGGCAUCUUCUGUUUGAACCAAUAUGGCUGCUGAACUUCGGAGGCUAAAACCUCUGGACCUGGUUUUGUGGAUCUCCCUUCUGCUCCUCCACCUCCUUCCUGAAGCCAGGGCAGUAGUCGGGCACAAAGAGCCGAUACCUGAUGACAGUAAAGACAACAUCACCAUUUUUACCCGAAUCCUAGACAGGCUGUUGGACGGAUACGACAACAGGCUACGCCCCGGGCUUGGAGGUAAGUCACAAGAGAGUGUGACAGAAGUGAGGACAAACAUCUAUGUGACGAGUUUUGGGCCAGUGUCGGAUACAGACAUGGAAUACACCAUCGAUGUCUUCUUCCGUCAGAGUUGGAGGGACGAGAGGCUGAAGUUUGAUGGGCCAAUGCAGAUUUUACCGCUCAACAACCUGCUCGCCAGCAAGAUCUGGACUCCUGAUACAUUUUUCCACAACGGAAAGAAAUCCGUGGCUCAUAACAUGACAACUCCUAACAAACUGCUACGGCUAGUUGACAACGGCACUCUUCUGUACACAAUGAGAUUGACCAUCCAUGCCGAGUGCCCCAUGCACCUGGAGGAUUUCCCGAUGGAUGCACACGCCUGUCCUCUGAAGUUUGGAAGUUAUGCCUACACUAAUAAUGAGGUGAUCUACCUUUGGACCCAGGGGGAUGAGCGGUCUGUGGCUGUGGCCGAGGACGGCUCCCGGCUGAACCAGUAUGACCUACUGGGCCACGUUACUGGCAAAGAAACCAUCAGUUCCAGCACAGGAGAAUAUGUAGUGAUGACAACAUAUUUCCAUUUGAAAAGGAAAAUUGGCUAUUUUGUGAUUCAGACCUACCUCCCCUGCAUCAUGACUGUCAUACUGUCUCAGGUCUCCUUCUGGCUAAACAGAGAAUCGGUUCCUGCGCGCACUGUAUUCGGGGUCACCACUGUCCUAACCAUGACCACCCUGAGCAUCAGUGCUAGAAACUCCCUCCCUAAGGUGGCCUAUGCCACCGCCAUGGACUGGUUCAUGGCUGUGUGCUAUGCCUUUGUCUUCUCUGCCUUGAUUGAGUUUGCAACAGUCAACUACUUCACCAAACGCAGCUGGGCAUGGGAUGGGAAAAAAGAGGGCAUGGAGAUAAGGGAACCGUUUCAGGCUAACAUGGCCAGGAUUAAAGAUAUGAGAAGAGAAUCUGCCACUUUGUCCAAAAAGGCAAACAACACCUUCAACAUUGUGGGAACGACCUACGCAAUCAACGUAGCUAAAGACCAAGGUUUGACAACCAUUUCCAAGAGCGGCACCGGAGCAUCGUCCAAACAUCACUAUCUUCAUAAAAUGGAUGAUCCUUACACAGAGGCCAAGAAGUCCUACAACCGUGUCAGCAAAGUGGACAAGAUUUCACGCAUCAUUUUCCCAGUUCUCUUUUUCAUCUUCAACUUAGGCUACUGGGCCACAUACGUCAACAGAAAGCCCGCCAUCAUGAAAGCAAACAACCUAAACUGAAUUUGACCAAAUGCUAGUCUAGAUCUGGUUUGGUUUGGAGGGUAGACGAGUUUUGCAGGAGGCCAAGUCCAUUACAUCUUAUUGUGUGGAAAUGUGUGUGUAUGUAUGUAUGUAUGUAUGUUUGAGUGUGUAUGUGUGUGAGAGUGUGUUUGAUAUGUCUUUUUUCUUAAGAGUUUGAUAUUUUGCACGUCCGUGUAGAUGGAAGGCAAAUUUUAACAUACAGUAGAUUCACAUGUAGUUGUGGACCUCGAAGGGAGCACAUUCUCACAUCAGACUGUGUUUGUGUAGCAUUUCUUUUCACCCCACCCCCAUCCCCCUACCCCAACCCCACUACCACCGCCCUUAGCUCUGGCCCUGUCCCCUGUUGUGAGUAACCAAGUGUUCCUUUGCUGUAUCUUGAUUGCUUGCUGUUUCGUAGAGUAGUUAAAUUGUGUUUUCACUAUGUUUUGACAUGUUUGCACUUUGUUUAUAAGUUUGAGCAAGCAUGCAUUCAGAGUUUUCAUUGUAGCUCAUUACCAGUGAUAAGGUGUUGACGCAUCCACCGAGUUAACAACAUGCAUGCACGUACGCACACAAAAAACACACGUCGACGCAGCAGAAAAUGCCAACAGAGCCAUCCAUUUGUUGGUCACGUUACUGUGCACUGAUAGCCAGGGGCAGCCUGUAUGGUUCCAUAGGAACAUUAUUAAUAAUCGUCAGUGUCUGGCCUUCAGCUUGCGCUGAAUCUCGACAGACCAAACGCAGUAUCAUCUGGAAUUGCUUUCACAUCCCAUGGGCCUGCCUGUACAUUUUCUAGUUCGCUGGCUCUUAUUGUUUUAACAGGCUGAGUAUGUUCAAUGACAGAGAAGCCAUGUGCCUUGGUGAAUACACACAUUAGAAUGAAUGGCUUUGACACACUCACACUUGCAUUUUUACAGUACACAUAUGCACAAAGGUCGGUGUGUAAAUUACAUGCAAACAUAUACUGGUGUCCACAGGCUCUACAACAGUAUGUGGCAUGGGCACCAAGAGUAAAAUUGCCCAUUAGUGUGGAAGGUUAACAGACCUCUGCCUGUGAAAAGAUGAAGCGAUGAGAUUAAAGGGUCCAGCAUAGUCAUGAACAAUUAACAUGUGCGUUUAUGUUUUGGCUCAUGGUAUCUCUGAAAUGAGCAAACAUAACAAACUACCACCGUUACCUCAGACUAAAGUCAAAUAAUGAAUUGCAAGAAAUUUGUUUUCCGUGGAAAUGCAAACAGCAGCAACAUCAGAUGUUUUAUAUAUUAAGUGUUUUUUCUUCAUGCAUAUUUUAGUUAGGCACCCUGGUGUCUUUACUGCUUUGUUUUCACUGUAUCUGCAGCUGGUAUUGGUUGUUUUACUAUUUAUUGCAUUUCUGCCUUGCUAUUCAUGUUGUACUUUUACCAUUUUAUACUUGAUUGUGUAAAGUAUUUUGAUGUUUAUUGUCUACAUAUAAUGUAUUGUUUUUUUGUGUUUUGAAGUAGACUGCAAAAGCCAAUAAGCCCAUCGUUCCACAUGUCUUAUCAAAUACUGGAGACGUUCCAUCGCUGGAGACUACACGCAGAAUCUCACUGUCAAACAGAAGAGUCAAAUUUGUCCUUUAGUCAAAUUGGGCAUUUUCUAAUAUGUGAUGGUUUAAAUGAAUGAAUGUCUCCAGCUGUGGCCGCUGUCUCCGGUCUCUGUUUUGUUGAGUGACAUCUGUGUUUUUCUUGUGUUAUGUUUUGUGUGUUGACUUCAGUAUGCGUUUACACGUUUUAUGAUUAUGAAGCAAUUUGUGUUGCUUUUUUUGACGGAUGCAGUCAGACAUAUUUUGCAUCAGUUUAAGUGUAGACUCUUUGAAGACCAGUGUAUGUUUUCGACCCUCAACAUGCCAUCGAUCUCUUCAACUGUAUGUUCCAUGGUAAGCAUAGACGAAUGAAUGGACUGUGCUGUGGCCUCUCUAAUGGUGUAUUAAUAACCAGACCAUGUACAAUGUAUCAGUCAUAGGUUAAUGCAUGACAAUCUGUACACAUGUAUGUCUGCAACCUCCAAUAGUGGUGUUUGUCACACUGAAAUAGGGCUUAGUAUCAAUGUUUCUGUAGAUCACCCCUGUUAUUCACCAAGUACUCGAUCUUAACGUCAGCAACAUCUGCAUAAACACACCUAAACUCCAAUGAUUUGUGCAUAUUGAUGUGAUGCUACUAAUUUAGGGCUGGCACAAAGAUCUGAAAGUGUUUUACCCUCUUUUGGCUGUGCACAGACUUUUUUACCAAAGGUUUUGUCCAGUGUAUUAACACAAACACUGAGCUGAUUCUACAUCCAUAUCCUGGUUUCAAACAUUCACAUACAGUGAAUUUUCAUGGGAAAUUAGUGUGCAAAGAAUUUUAGAGAUUUAUGCCACAAGUUAUGAUUAAUAGCGCAAUUAUUGUUCUCUGUUUUAAUUAAUGAUCCUACAAAGCCUGAAAGGAAACCAAUCUAAUGACCAGUGUAUCACUCGCUUAACUUUGGUUUCAAUGUGUUGGACAUCUCAGUUAAUUAUACAUUAUAAGGAAAAAGCUGAACUAUCCAGAGACUUACUACACAAUAGAACAGCGGGAUUGUAGCCUGGUAAAUCACAUAUCUGACUUAUAAAUGCUAAAAUGACAUUUAACCAGGGCACUGUGAACGCUGCAUGAGAAUUUUUCAUUAUCCUCCAAAAUGUAAGAGUAAAAUAAUACUUUGAUGUGAGCACUUGAUGUAAUCUCUUUGGUAGACUUGUUUUUAUCAUUUUGUAUCAAAGUGAAUCAUAAUACAUAAUACAUAAUAAAAGUCUGCUGAAGGUAUCAAAAGCUGCUGAAAGCAGAAUGAGUUCUUUACUUUCACAUCAGUGGGAAAGUAUCUAACAUGGUUUACCCAGAGGUUCAUCUAGGCUCAAGAAGAUCCCGCUGACUUUACCUAAUAUUCAAACUAUAUAAUUGUAUGAUUUGUACAUUCUACAACAUAGUCGAUCAGAUGACAACUUCAAUACAUUGCCUAAAUGAUUUAAACUUUUUUUGCAGAGCACAAUAUGCAGGUUUGCCUUUUUAAUGAACAUAUCUUGUGCGUCUGUGGAUAGCAAGACGAGGGGGAAAAACACUUUCAGAGCCACACAACCAUCACCUCUGCACACUGCAAUGGAAAUACAGUGGAGUCUGUGGCGUCAAAACUGCUCAGACUGACAACUGAACAGUCAUAAAAACAAGCAAAGUCAUGCAAAAAAGAAUAAUGCAGAUUCAGAACUUGCAAAGGAGAAUGGACAUGGAACAGUCCCAAGGAUUUUCCAUGCACAGUUGGCAUACUGGAGUAGGUUAGAAGCCAUUAUAACAGUUUAAUUUCUAAGAAGUUUAGAUGAACACGACUUCACUGUAUUUUACAAAUUACCCUGGUUAUGUUGGUGUUAUUCAUCGAGUCAUUUUCUCCUCAUGGGGCCAGAGUUAGCUUCAGCAGAAACAUGUCAUCCUAUAAGAUACAGUAUAUUGAGAGUAUAUUACUAUAAGUAUAUUUAUGCUAUUUAGUACAGCAUUAAAUAUUAUAUGUUUUUUACGACAUAACCUCUACAGCAUCGAUGCAAAUCUCUUGAUGGGUAGAAAGCCGUAGACAAAUAGAUAAAAUGAACAAAUUAUUAAACUAAAUGGCAAAAACUGCUCAGAAUAGUGUAACUAAGUUGUGAAUUUGUAGAUAUUGUGAAAUCAAUUCCGAUAGUUUUUGUGAAUAUUGAUAUGUCACGUCAUUUAUUUUUACAUCAGAUAAGUACUGCUGUCUUACAUUAAGCUCUGUAACACUUUGUGUUAUGGUAUUUUUAAACGUAAAGUAGAGAUAAUAUACAUCAAGCUAUUUACAAGAUCAGUACAUUGUGCACUAUUCAAACCUAACUGUGAAUUAGCAGCUGUCUGCAAGCAGAGUUGUACACACUGUUUUCUCUCUCCAGCAAUUUCACUGCAUGUCCAUACGCAUUGAGAGAUCAAAGACUUCCACAAACACAGCUCCGGGAACAUUGUGGACUUUGUGUUUUUGUUGGGAAGUUGCUCUCUACAUGCUCAGUGACUGGACUUUGUACGUUGCCCUCUCUCGUUUGUGUGCUUACUGUAUGAGAUGUAGCAAAUGGAAAUGGGGAUUAAAAGGACGUUGUAUUUGUCUUGGAGUUAUAAGGCCCUUCUUGGUCACAUUUAAGCCUCAAAAGUUUAAUUAUUCAGUCCGGCGGAAUCAUCUGACGGUGGUCUUUUUGAGGCUCAUUUAUAUGCUAUUUCUUCUGUUUUAGCUUUUGUUCUCUGCACUGUGCAUGCAAGUCAUUUUCUUUAUGGCGUAUACACUAUUUUUUGUGCACUCAUAGUGAAACAAAACUGGUGCCAUAGCUAAAACACAACAUCUUUCUUAAAAUGUACACUAUGUCAGAAGCUCAUCAUUUAUGUAACUAAUAGGUUUCAGUGCUAUUCAACAGUUUAUUCUGCCCAUCAGUAAAGUCAUUGCCAAAACAGGUGUCACAUUACACCACAAGUCUUCAGUUUUCCUCUGGUAGAAACAUAGUGUAAAUCUGAAGUAAUGCAUUGACAAAGAGAGAACCUUGUCAUUACUGUGGAAGCUGACAUGUUAACAUGCUUUAUGGCUGCACAGGUGAACUCCAGCCUGAGGGUGCUGCAAAAAUUCAGCCAUUUCUGAUCCAAUAAAUGAUUUACAGUCAUGAGAAAAAUCUUAAAAACACUCUCUAACACUGCCAAGAAAACCCUUGAAGCUGUGGUUUUAUGUAAAAGUAUCACAGUCUAAACUUACAAAUUACAAACUGGAUGAAAGCAGGCUGAAAACAGAAGCAGAAGACAUAAAAUCUGCACAUUACAGAAGGCUGUAAGGCUGCACAGUUGUCUACUGACUCCAAAGGUUACUGUUGCUGUCUGGCUCCAGUCCAAUCCCAACUGCCCUGUAGGUGCCUUCGACUGCACAGGAACGCUAUUAUGUUUAAAGCUAAAACACCCCAUUUUUCUCAGCACACCGGGGGAAAAUGAGCUCUCUAAAAAGCCCCCACAUGGACGCAUAAGGUUGUUUGCUUGCUUGUGCUUGCUAUGAUAAAUGAAACAAUCUAUUAUAAAUUUAGUGGCUAUUGUUCAUACUUUUUCUAGGAUAGUAUACAGCGCUUUGUGUUUGUGUGCUGCACCAGUGCUGUGCUUAUUUCCCUGAUCUGAAACAUAGAAAAGACAUUUGAAAAGUUAAUAAACGUGAAAAUAAGAUCUGUAGAGUCAUAAAUAGCCAUUGUGAAAGCCGUCUUCUGGGACAAUAGGUCUAUAGAGGCAAUUUAAUAAGAUUGAGAGAGUAUACCUGCUACAAUCUACAGCGAAAAUCAUGUAAUUGAAGCAAUACCAGGAACACACAUGAUAUUAAAGGUAAAGACUAAUAUGGGAAGCACCACCAAAGGAGCAAGUAUGUAAAUUUAUACAAAAAAAGUGCAUACAGGAUGCAGAGGAUGUAAUUCACCAAAGUUACACAAAAAGGGUUAAUGGUUAAGCACCUACUUAAAAUGAUGAUGCACACUUUUGUUUUACUUCAAAUGCCAAGUUAGAGCCAUUGUAAAACCUGGUGACCUCAGUGAUUACAGUAAGCCAAUAGAUGCAAAGACAAAACAUGCAAACAGGGCUAAUGCGCAUCUCUAUGUGACCCGAAUUUAGCUCUGUGACCCCCCCCCCCAUUGAUUGAAAGCCAGGACGCUGUGUGAGAGGAGAAUGCUGAUGUCUUAUCUCCACCGUCUCUCUUCUUGUGAAGGUAUGAGGGAAAAUCCUGUCAGACAUAAAAGAUGUUCCCCCUUUGUUUUUAACCUCUGUUCAAAGUGUCCACCUUUCUUUUAUUACGGGUUAUUUGUGGGGCUACUGAUAAAUUGUUUCCAUCCUUUUAUCCAGGAGUUGCUGUUCUUUACAGUGAAUAAAGAUAAAGUGCUUUCA